AUUCCGCCUGCCUGGCUUGCCGUGAGGCGCAGAAGAGUCCGGCGACGGCCGCCGCCCCCUUUCCGCGGAGGGAGCGAGGCGGAGCGCAGGCGCCCUGUUGCCGCUACCACCGCUAUGGAGCCGGAGCUCGGCCCCCCCUCGGGCGCCUCAGCCUCCUUCCCGUGCCCUCCGCCGCCCCGGGAGCAGGAGCGGAAGCUGCAGCAGGAGAAGCUCUCCGGGGUGGUGAAGAGCGUCCACCGGCGGCUGCGCAAGAAGUACCGCGAAGUGGGGGACUUUGAUAAAAUCUGGCGUGAACAUUGUGAAGAUGAAGAAACCCUCUGUGAAUACGCGGAGGCAAUGAAAAAUCUGGCAGAUAAUCAUUGGGCUAAAACCUGUGAAGGAGAGGGUCGCAUUGAAUGGUGCUGCAGUGUGUCACGGGAAUAUUUUCAAAAUGGUGGAAAACGAAAAGCACUGGAAAAAGAUGAGAAAAGAGCAGUUCUUGCUACUCAAAGUAUUCAAACCAUGAGUAUUCACCCAGCUUCCAAAAUAGAAGAUUCUUCUGAAAAUUCAAAUCACAGUUCUAUAAUGGAUGAAUUGCUACAUCCUUCAGGAAAGAUCAGAUUACUUGAUGUUGGCAGCUGUUUUAAUCCAUUUUUGAAGUUUGAAGAAUUUUUGACGGUUGGCAUUGACAUUGUCCCAGCUGUUGAGAGUGUCUAUAAAUGUGACUUCUUGAACCUUCAGAUUCAGCAGCCUCUUCAGCUUGCACAAGAUGCCAUAGAUGCUUUUUUGAAACAGCUAAAAAAUCCUAUUGAUUCCCUGCCUGGAGAAUUGUUCCACAUUGUGGUCUUCUCCCUCCUCCUAUCUUACUUCCCUUCACCUUAUCAACGAUGGAUAUGUUGCAAAAAGGCCCACGAGCUUCUUGUAUUAAACGGAUUGCUACUUAUUAUCACUCCUGACUCUUCCCAUCAGAAUCGCCACGCUAUGAUGAUGAAAAGCUGGAAAAUUGCUAUAGAAUCCUUGGGCUUUAAACGUUUCAAGUACUCAAAAUUUUCUCAUAUGCACCUGAUGGCAUUUAGGAAGAUCUCACUUAAAACAACAAGUGACUUGGUGAGUAGGAACUACCCAGGGAUGUUGUACAUCCCCCAGGAUUUCAAUAGUAUAGAAGAAGAGGAAUUUUCUAAUAACUCCUGCUACAUCCGAUCAGAUGCAGAAGAUGAACAACUGGCAUACAGCUUUGUGGAGCUUCCAGAUGCUCCUUAUGACUCUGACUCUGGGGAAAGCCAGACCAGCUCUAUUCCGUUUUAUGAGCUAGAAGAUCCUAUAUUGCUUCUAAGUUAAU